AUGCAGCGAAUAGUCGGUGGUAACAAAACUCCGGAAGAAUAUGGCAAAUUUCAUGUGUCUCUCCAGAAUAUCACUGGAUAUCAUGUAUGUGGUGGAGCCAUUAUAUCUCAUAAGUACUUGGUGACUGCUGCACAUUGUGUAUUUGGAGCUCAGGCAAAAUAUAUAAAAGUUGUAGUUGGCACUACUAAUUUAGACAAGGGUGGUUUAGAGCACGACGUAAAAACUAUUCACGUCCACGAUAAUUACGACCGCAAUCUCAGAUUAAACGAUAUUGCUGUACUAGAAAUCAACGGUUUAUUUGAUUUGCUAAAAGUAGAGAUGUUAAGACUUUAUGAUAAUAAAUUGAAAGAAGGCGAAACAGUUCUCACAACAGGUUUUGGUGCUAAUGAGCCACACGGAGACUCAGCUAGAAGGAUGCAGGCGUUAAAUUUAACAGUGUUUAGUCAAGAGACGUGUAUAUACGCAAUGCGAUAUACGAGAAAGGUGUAUGACAGCAUGUUCUGUACAUUUACAAGAAUAGGUCAAGGCACAUGUCACGGCGAUUCUGGUGGACCAUUGACAAUAGGAAAUAAAUUGGUUGGUGUUAUUUCUUGGGGGAUACCAUGUGGAGUAGGAUUUCCAGAUGUUCAUACAAGAAUUUCACCGUAUAUUCAAUGGAUUCGCAGCAUUAUAGACCAAAAAGUUUGCAAUUCUUGU